UAUAAUAGACGGAGCAGUUUUGUUAUUUCAUGGAGGACAUUGUGCCGCAUCUCAUUCCCUUCACAGUAUGUGUUUCUACCAACCUUUUCUAUGACUCUCUUAAGACUUCAUCCAGAAGGUGCCAUCAGCGCAAGACCCUUGACCUACAUUGUGAGACUGGAGAAUAUGCCGUGACGUAGAAUGAAAGAAAACGGUCGGAAAGGUACAGUCUGUUUUUAAAGAGAAACUAAAAGCAACAGCAUAAUCCCACCGUACACAAAGCCGAACGUGUUUACGAAACCAGCGAGAACCACUCCAAAAAUCUAAUCUCUUGAACGCACAAUGGCGUGACGUUGCAUUUCGCGACAGGUCACGACACCACCUUUCAAACACAAUGACGAACAGGUUCUCUCUUAUCAGUCUGAGGCCUAUAAAAGACGGCGGGGUCGCUAGCACAGGUUUGUGUGGGGUAGAGCAAAUCUGGUGUGGUUCCUGUGAGGAAAAUCAAGAACCUCCCGUCAUCAUGCUCAACUCGUCCUCGCUCGUUUUUGCACUUGCACUUUUGCUCAACUCGUUUGUUCACUCGGCAACCUUAGCUUCACCUGCAAGUAGAAUUGAAGACGAUACAGCAAGCCAAGACGGCUUUAGAUCGACGAUGGACGAAGAUGCGUCGAAUUUAGCAGGACCUGAUGAUUUCUCCUCCAGAAGAUUCCCUCUCACAGAGGGAAGGCUGGCUGAUGAAGAUGGGACGAAGAGGAUCUUUAUCCUUUCGGAUUUAGGAUCAAAAGGGGCUUCUAGGAGUGACGCAAGCUCUGGUUUUGGCCGAGCCUUCCCCGUGCGAUCACCAUGGAGAAUCGACUGGGCUCUUGCUGCAACUCAGAAGGAUGAGUGGCACAAUGCAGAUGAUCUCAUCCCCAUGGCCAAGAGAAACACGGACAAUAAGAUGCUUCGGUGCAUGAUCGGGAGGGUGUACCGACCCUGCUGGCAGGCUUGAAGAUACAGGGGAAGAAGAAAAAAAAAAAAAAAAAAAAAACACAACACAGCCACGACUUACCUAAUGAC